AUGAAAGGAGGCGUGCUAAGACGCUUUAAUCCUGCUUGGUUUGAUCAGUUUCCAAAUUGGUUAGAAUACAAUGUGAAGAAAGAUGCAGCUUUUUGUCUAUAUUGUUACUUGUUCAGAGACAAUGCUGGUAAAGGUGGAAGAAAUGAUGCAUGGACCAUUGACGGUUUUUCUAGCUGGAAUAAAGCUAAAAAUAUUUCAGAGCAUGUAGGAGCUGUUAACAGUUUUCACAACAAUGCAGCAAUGAAGUGUGAAAACGUGAUGAAUCAAGGGUUACCUUUUCGUGGGCAUGAAGAGAAAGAAGAAACUGAUAAUAAUGGUAACUUUGUUGAACUCUUGAAAUACACUGCCGAGCAAAAUGAAGAUAUGAGUAAGGUGAGAGGGCAAGGUUAUGAUGGUGCAAUCGUUGUGGCAGUUGCCAAAAGGAAAGAUGCGCUCAGAGAGAGUCACAAAAAAACGAUUGAGAAAGAAGUUAAUGAUGGAGAACACAAAACUGGAAAAGAGUUAAAUCAAGAUGUUUCUGUUCAAAGACCAGGGAUGACUCGUUGGGGCUCUCACUAUAGAACUUUGCUGCGUGUGGUUGAGUGUUUUUCUUCUAUCCUUCAAGAGUUCAAUGACCGCUUUAAUGAGAUGAACACUGAACUAUUUAUUUGUGCUGCUUCAUUAUCUCCCAUUGAUUUGUUCUCUCAGUUUGACCAUUCAAAACUGAUGAGAUUAUCGACUUUCUACCCAUCUGACUUUAGUCAGGGAGAGUGCAUAUCUCUUGACCAACAGUUAGAUGUCUAUAUUGAUAACAUUCGAAAUGAUGAAAGGUUUACUCAUUUAGAAGAUCUUGGAGAAAUUGCUCGUACUUUGGUGGAAACACAAAAACAUUUGUCAUUUCCUUUGGUUUAUAGGCUUUUGAAGUUGAUUUUGCCGGUCGCCACUGCAACUGUUGAGAGAAGUUUUUCAGCCAUGAAGAUCGUGAAGACAGAUCGACGAAAUCGAAUUGGAGAUCAGUUUCUGAAUGAUUGCUUAAUUUGUUUUAUCGAGAAAGAUGUAUUUGAGAAAAUUAUGAAUGUGACUGUGAUGAAAAGAUUUCAGGAUAUGAAAGAUCGCAUAGUGCUUUUAUAA